CGGUCUCACUGACGCAGACUGCGGCCGCCGCCGGAAGAGGAGCAGCGAGUGUCCCAGGCAGCGCACAGUAGUAGCGGCAACGCUAACGUUCGCCCCUCGCGCUGUAACACGCUCGUAAACAGGUUAUCCAGAAUCUCAAGAAAAUCGAGCUAACGGAACUAAGCCAUGCCAGCCAAUUUUCGAGAUGAAGAACCGGACAAUCCCGCUUCAGACGCUACACAGCCAGACAUGAUGACUAAAUCAGCGCUGGUACAUGAAGAAGAUAGACUGUACCCCCCGUGUUCAAGUGCAAGCAGUUCAGAUGCCGGGAGCAGCACCUCUAUAGCAUUUGGACACGAGCUUACUGGAACUUCACCAACACUUGCAGCGAACUCAGAGGUGAAGAGCAGGAACUCAGCUACAUCUCAAUAUGAGGAGACGGGAUUUCCAGCAACAUAUGCGGCAGAAUCAGACACCGAGGAUAAGACGACAAUCGCAUUUGAUGACGAUGCGUCGUCAACUACAACUUCAGAAGAUUCGGAGGCUGAAAACUAUUGCUAUGGUGGAACUUCUCGCAAGCCGCAGUCAGACCGUCCACCGCCGUACAUCGACCUCCUACAGGAAUCAAAGCCGAAGCCCCCACCGCCGUUUGAAGCGGACCCUGUGCGUUACAUCUUAGGAAUGAAGCUGCCUAUCGCCGACAGCGGGUUCUGCGCCUGCAACCACCUGUCUUCCGCCUACUCUACGGUCUUCUUCAUCAUUUGUUACGCCUCUUUCCUGAUAGCUGAUGCCUAUCAUGAGAUAACGCCCAUUAUUCGAGGUCUGUACGCCUACAAAUUCCAACUUUUCCUCUCGAAGGAGCAGCAGUACGUCUUACACGGAUGGACAGGAGUGUUGCUGAUUAUCUCCGCUUUUUUUCUGUGGCUUGGUAUUUUCCUUAGGAGCCGCUCGACGCUGAUGGUGUGGCUGCUGGUGAUGCUGGUGUACGUCGUGAUGGGCCUGGUCACGUGGCUGCUCGGCAUGCUCCUCAGCUUCGCGGCGGACGGCUGGAACACGCACUCCACCAUCGCCGUCUCCGCCGGCUUCCUGGAUAUCGGCCUGGAGUUCUACCUGCUGCACAUGGUGUACAGCUACAACCGCUACAUGCACGACGAGGCGCCCAAGUUGCGGUACUACGACCCGCAAGUGGCAGCCGCCCGCGAGGUGGAGCUGGCGCGCCUGGGCUACCGCGAGGUGCACAUCCUGGGCAUCCCCAUCACCGCGCCCAUCACCCCCACCGAAGAGCCCAACUGGCGGCCAGGCUUAACGACGAUCGUCUGAACACACAUCCUACUUCCCGCAAGAUCUCGCCAGUCUGCUGCAACGCAUGAGCUGUUUAGACCUCCCGCAGAGACUGUAUCUGAUUCUGAAUCACAAUUUUUGGUCUUAAGUUCUGCAUUUCUUCCCCACUUUCACUGAGGGUAGAUAUGUUCCCAGCGAAUCUUAUCACUGAUAUCAUUUCACUCUGAGUUUGAAUCCCACUCCUGACCUUUCCUUUUUCCUUCAACGUACAGGUUGAUCGUUUCUAAUACGAGCGCUUCGUUCUUGGUCUUCUAUUUCUAUUUUUUCACCAUAGCUCAAGUACAUACUAUGUAUUAGCCGUUUUCCCCUGUAGCUUACACCUGCUUCCUUGAUAAUAUCAACUUAUCUGCCAUAUGUGCUGCCACGCUACGAAAGCUUCACCGCAAAUCAACAUUCAGCUUCUACCUUCCCUCGCACACACGAAGGGAUCUCUCACUUCCACUUACAUUUCAGAGACGGCGUUUCGAGAGUUACCAAUGUGCAGCAAUGUGCAAUGGUGUGAAGGUGAGAGAAAAAGAGCAAGAGAGAGAGAGAGAGACUCUCCUGCUUCGGUAAAAUUUUGGCUUUUUUCCAAAAACAAAUACAGCAGAUUUGGAGGCCGAAUGAGAUUUCAUCAAACUGUAAAACUGCUUGACUUGAGAAAUGGGUACGAAUUAUGACUGAAUAUAUGACUUAAGAUUCAACGGUUCUCCAAUGACAACACACUUCAGCAUCGUACGGAGUAAUUUCCGAAAAGGAAAUGACGUUGUGCGUUAUCUGGAUAUUGUUUCUCUUACAAGGAGACGGCACGACCGUGGGGUCCGGGAUUGGUCAGAAAUUUUGUGUCAAUGGACUAACAUUUUAUACUCAUAAGGCACUUAAGAAACUUUGGAUCAAUUUUCCCAGGAUUUUCCGGGUAGUGCGUCCUAAUAUUUUAACCACAUGAGGUGUUAGGAGUCCUCUUUCACCACACAAAAUUUCGGACAAAUCCCCGACCCCACACUCGUGCCGUCUCCUUGCUAGUUCGCGAUAGUUGUAAUCUUCCUGCAAUCUCCAGAGGUUUAUACUCUAUCGAAAGUAAAGUAAUACGAGUAAAAGUAUCCAUAAAAGUAGUUCAGAUUCCUAUGUCAGUAUAUGUGUAAUCUUUCACCCCUUUCAUGAGGGCAUAGUUCAUGUAUUCUAUAAUUGUCAGUAUGUCUCAUUCAUUCGACAUUUACAUCCUCAGAAAAAAAGAUUACUUAUAUCUCGACUUUCCCGACUGAUACUGACUUCGAAGCUACACUUCAAAACCAAAACCUUCUCUCUCCUGUACCAGUUAACCUACUCCAGCUCCACACAUCGAUUUACUAAACAUUUUAAUUGUACUAUCAACCUGUGCUGUUAUUUUAUGUCUAAGAUAUGCGUUCUUAUUGUUAACAGAGAUAAACAAAACAGAGAGAAUUUACAGAAAGAAAUACGUAAGGCACUGGCAAAUGAAGCGAUCACUGUGCCUUUGGGUGGUUCUUCAGUCGUUCAGAAAGUGGACACUGGCUCCCAGUCCAGUUUCGAAAUACCGUUCUUUUAACAAGAAUUGACAACACAUUCCUCUGCAUUGAUAUUAAUGUCGUUACUACUUCUUUUUAAUUCCGUAUACUAAAAUCGCAAAAGAAUUGUAUUAAACAUUACUGAAUUACAUAUUAAGUAUUUUAUUACAUAUUAAUUACUUCAUUGAUUCUCUUUAGUGAUUUAUUGUCGUAUAUUGGUAUGUUAAUUGAAAAUUGCCUUUCUUCUUCCUUUAUAGUUAUGCAUCCUGUAUCUUCACUUUUUAAUGGUAUGUUACCAUCACGUUUAAAGAAUUUAUGAUGCAUUACGCCGGUCAUACAUAUUUUUUUCGCUACUGGUUCGAGCGAACACAUUCUUACUUCUUAGGCCAGGAGAGAGUAACAUCAACCGGUAAAGUAGAGGCAUCGCCUUCGAUUCUCAGUAUCUGUCUCCAAAUUACCUAUAUCAGAAUUGUGGUGGCUCGAGAACUGAGAAGUAAUAUUUAUAUUGUUUCGUGAAUUGAAAUGUGAUCUUUAGACUGUCAAAGCCAGCUGCGUCUCAUGCCAGAAAGUAAAUAAAGUUGUCAGUUUCUACAUUAUGAA